ACUUGCCAUCACGAAGUCCCUGUGCAGCUACACACCAUACAAAGCAAUGGUACUUGCGGACUUCAUGAUCGCGACGGCCACCGUACCAAGCUUCAUCUCACUCUUCAAGAACCUGCUCGCCUUCGGCCGAUGGUUGCACGCCGCGUUCCUGAGGAAGCCGAAGGACUUGCGCGACCACAGCUCAUGGGCCGUCGUCGCCGGUGCCACCGACAGCAUCGGGAAAGCCCUGGUCUUCGAGCUCGCCUCCAAGGGCCUCAACGUCGUACUCGUUGUUCAGAACCCCGGCAAACUCGAAGCCACCUCCAGCGAGCUGAGGGAGAGAUACGGCACAACUAUCGAGGUCAAGACCGUGAUCGCCGACUUUGCGAAGCUGAGCGGAGAGGUUAUAGCGGCGGCGAUGACGGGAGCGACGGAAGGGCUCGACGUCGGGUUGCUCGUUAACAACGCGGGGAUGGCUUAUCCAUACGCGAGGUACUUUCACGAGGUGUAUCGAGAGUUGAUGGAGAGCAUGUUGAGAGUGAACGUGAAUGCAGGGGUGUGGGUGAUGAAGAGAGUGAUCGAUGGAAUGUUGAAGGAGAAGAGAGGAGCAAUCGUGGAUAUUGGGUCCGAUUCCACCGUGUAUAUCUCUUCGUAUCCUCUCCGGACCCUGUAUGCAUCGACCAAACCCUAUAUCAAGAUUGAUAUACAAAUUUGGUCUGCUAAACAGUGUGACAGACUAUACGUAGUCAUAAGAAGUUAA